AUGGAAAAAAAGAUAGAAGGGCUACUGAAAAGGUCCAACAGGGCCACAAGAAAGUCCACAGGGUUGAGAUACGGCGAUCUAUGCAUGCAUCCCAACUUGGACCUACCAGAGGGAUUUAAGAUCCCGAAGUUUGAAAUGUUCAAUGGGAUAGGGAAUCCCAAAGCACAUCUUCAUUCCUACUGUGACCAGCUGGUUGGUGUCAAAAAGAAAGAACCUCUGAUCAUGCGAUUAUUCAGUUUAAGUCUAACCGGUGAGGCUGCUGAAUGGUUCGUAACCCAAUACAUGGGCCAAUGGCUCACUUGGGAAGAUAUUGCAGAAUCCUUCAUGGAAUGGUUUCGAUUCAAUGACAAAAUAGUGCCUAACCGAUACUACCUCGAGAAGGUCAAACAAAAAUCAACUGAGAACUACAGAGAGUUCCCCAGCCAGUGGAGGGCUGAGGCAGCCCGCGUGCAGCCGCAAAUGUGUGAAGGAGAAUUGGUCUCUGUGUUCAUCCGGUCACAAGAACUGGAUUUCUAUGAUAGAAUGUUAUCCAUGGCCGGGAGGCCAUUUGCUGAAUUUGUUAAGAUGGGAGAGGCCAUAGAAGAUGCUCUCAAAUCUAGCAAAAUCAUCAGUGUCCUCAACAAGGCAUCUAACCAAGCUCCUGCAGGAGUCUUCUGCAAAAAGACAAAGGACGUGGCGAGCAUAUCCCACAUUCUAAGCCGAAACCCUAAAAGGCGGGAAGAACCACAAUCUUCUCACCAAAAUCCACCUCCUAUUAAUUACCCGGCUUCUCCUUAUAGCCCUGCACCUAUAUUCUAUGCACAACUAUGCUUUAUCACUACUGUACCGGCUUACGUGGCUCCACUAAGUGUUCGAGGGUCCGCCCCUACUUAUCAACCACCACCACAACAAACUUGUCAACCACCACAACAAAAUUACUAA